CGUUAGCCCUAAAAUCGCUGAGCUUUGGUUUCCCGCCCAUCCACUCGCUGGUUACCGCUAGAGUGUAGUGGGAAACAGAGUCAACACUUGCUGUGGAUAUGGCGGACAAGAAAAAGCGCCGUCGUGUAGAGCCAUCCGACGAUGGAGAACAGCUUCCCUUCAAGAAUAAGCUUAAAUCUGAUUCAGUUAUUCUCCAAAUCCUCAAGGACUUCGGCAAUUCUUCAUCUUCUGAUUCCUCUUCUUCCUCCAAAGCCCUAACUCUUCAAGAUCUCUCUCUUCCAUUCGCUUGCCGCGAGGUCACCGACCUAUCCCUCUCCUCUGUACAGUCCACCAUUGAGUCCCUCGUUCUCAGCAUUGCUCGAUCUAUUCUUUCCGGCCAAGGCUUCUCCUUCGACGUUCCCUCUCGCUCCGCCGCUAACCAACUCUACGUACCCGAGCUCGAUCGCAUAGUCCUCAAAGACAAAACAUCCCUCCGCCCUUUUGCCAAUAUAUCCACUGUUCGCAAAACCGCCAUCACAGCUCGCAUCGUUCAGCUUAUCCACCAAUUGUGCCUCAAGAAUAUCCAUGUCACCAAGCGAGACCUCUUCUACACGGAUGUGAAGCUUUUCCAGGACCAGACCCAAUCUGAUGCCGUGCUCGACGAUGUCUCUUGUAUGCUGGGUUGCACUCGUUCUAGUCUCAAUGUAGUUGCUGCCGAGAAAGGGGUUGUUGUGGGCCGUCUUAUUUUUAGUGACAAUGGGGAUAUGAUUGAUUGUACGAAAAUGGGUAUGGGUGGGAAAGCCAUCCCGCCGAAUAUUGAUAGAGUCGGGGAUAUGCAGAGUGAUGCUUUGUUUAUACUCUUGGUUGAGAAAGAUGCAGCCUACAUGAGAUUAGCUGAGGAUAGAUUUUACAAUCGGUUUCCAUGUAUAAUUGUGACAGCGAAGGGGCAGCCUGAUGUUGCCACGAGGCUUUUCUUAAGGAAGAUGAAGAUGGAGUUGAAGCUACCCGUGAUUGCCCUUGUGGAUAGUGAUCCCUACGGGUUAAAAAUUCUAUCAGUUUAUGGCUGUGGGUCGAAGAAUAUGUCGUACGAUAGCGCGAAUUUGACAACUCCUGACAUAAAGUGGCUGGGGGUUAGGCCGAGCGAUCUGGAUAAGUACAAGAUACCUGAGCAGUGUAGAUUACCAAUGACUGAGCAGGAUAUUAAGACUGGGAAGGACUUGCUAGAGGAGGAUUUUGUCAAGAAGAAUCCCGGCUGGGUUGAGGAACUGACGCUGAUGGUGAAAACUAAGCAGAAGGCGGAAAUACAGGCUUUGAGCUCGUUUGGCUUUCAGUAUCUCACGGAAGUUUAUUUACCACUUAAACUGCAGCAGCAGGAUUGGCUCUGAGUGACGCCCAGCAUAAUGGUUAAGCCACUGCUUAUCCUAACAAGCUGGCGUGCUUCUUACUCAGAUAUGAAUUUAGUUCAAUGGGGCAAUGUUAUAAGAUUUUAUUAACAGCUUACAUUGUAAGAUAAUGUUUGGAUUUUAAAUUCUCUUUCAUCAAAAUCACCCAAUAAUUUCCAUUUAAAAAUUACGUUAAUCUUAUCAGUCUUUCAGCUUCUCUUCUA